AGAAGGAAGUACCGAGAACCGAUACUGCUCUGCUAUAAAUUUAAAAACUCGAUCCAUUAUUUUCAUUGCAGGAACAUGGACAGCACCGAGCCGACUGAAAGCGAUCAAAGCCUGGGCUACGCCUGGAUCUUCGGCUGCAUCAUGGCGUUGGGUCUGCCUCUGAACGUGGGGUCUUUGUGGGUUCUGCUUCGCCGCCACAGCCUCAAAUUACCGAACGCGGUCUUCAUGGUGAACCUGACCAUCUCCGACCUGCUGCUGGUAAUCUCUCUCCCCACGAGGGUCUACUAUUACGCCACGGGCACCUGGCCUCUGAGCAGCAUUGCAUGCUUUUUGACCACCUUGCUCUUCAGAGAUAACAUCCGCACCAGUGCCAUCUUCAUGACCUUCAUCAGCGUGGACCGGCUGCUGGCGGUGGUCUACCCUUUGAGGUCACGGUGUCUUCGGACCUCGUCGAAUGCCUGGAAGGCUGUGGCUCUGGCUUGGCUGUUUGUGUUGGUGAUGAACAUACCUCUCAUUAUAGACUUUUCAAGACAGUCGGACAAUGACACCCAGACCACAUGUUUUAAAUUUAAACCGAAAAAUUCAACAGUGUUCAGUUAUUCCCACCCGGUGUUGGUGCUUUCCAUGCUGUCAGUCAACAUCGUGUGCACCGCUAUGGUGCUUUGGACUCUGUGCAAUCAUCUCAGUGACUCUGCAAGGGUUAACAACAGGGUGAACGUCAUGCUGAUUUUUGGCCUGAACCUGGUGAUGUUCAUCGUGUGCUUCGUGCCCGUGUCCGUCGCUAUAGUCGCUUUACCCCAAGGAACUAAACAUUACAUCAAACCACUGGUAUGUCUGGCUACUGUGAACUGCUGUCUGGACCCACUGCUGUAUUAUUUCUCUUUUGAUGGCUUCUGGAAGGAAAAGGAGAAUGUUGACACGGCAAAAGAACCGUACACAAUGGAGACUAAAGCAGAGUUUAUUCCCAGCCGAAGAUCCAAGAGGACUUUGGAUCCUCCGUCCGUUUGAUGUCCCCCUCUGAGAUGACUUUCACCUUCUGUUUCUUCAGAGAUACAGAAUAAUGUGUGAUAGUGGGAAAACUACUGAGUUAUCAGUCAGUCUAUUGGGAGCAACACAGCAACACAGAAACUGGCGAGUCGGAAAUGUGCUCAUUUGGAAGCAUUAUGUAAGAAGAUGUAUUUAUUUCUCAUGUCUUUGUGAAUAAUUAAAAAAAAAAAUCAAAGAAAAAAAAAACUACAAAAUAGCAUUAUUGCAGUGAAAUACAUAAAAGAUCAUUUAUCUUUUUAAACAAUAUUUGAUUGUCUUGAUAAAUGUAUAGAAACAUGGAUAAACAUUGAACAUAAUCCUACAGCUGAAGCAUGGUUAGUUCGCAGAUGAAACGGUGGGAAACUGGCUCUGUAAGCCACAAAACCUUCAAGUUGUUCAUUUUCACGAGUUUUACAUGUGUUGGUGGACAAAGUUUUAAUUAUUUAUUUAUUUUUUUGCCUCAAAUCUUUAAAGUCUCUAAAGAGAAGAAGCGUGGGAAACUGUUUUGUGUAGUUUCCUGAAUAAAGAGGGAAACUGUUA